UCUGACUUGAGCAACACCACAAGCCAGAUAACCAACAUCAUAAUAUAAUCACAGUUUUUUUUUAACAAAUAUAGCCUUUUGUUUGGCUGUUGUGUAGAUAAAAAUCAUUUAGAUACACAUAACCAUUUGCUGUUUACGUAAUUGAAUAGCUUUAUAGCUAUUGAGCAUAUCAGACGCGGAAAGUGGUUUCACCCUUUUAAGCACUAGAACAUGAUCUUUGGACAUUAUGUUCAGAGGUACUGUUUAUAGUUCAUUCCCAGGUCUAAUUGUCACUGAUAAGCUCUCGCACCACACGUGCAUUCACAUGGGAUUUUUUACCUAUGUACAUGCUUAGUGUGAGCAGUAUCAAUUUCCAGAAGGCUUUUCACAAAAUCCUGAAGUUCUAGGCAACCAGCAAGAUUUAGUUUUGCUUAGGUCCUGAAAUAAGAUGUGUCACUCAGCCCUUCUUAUAAUUUUGUCUCUGUUAUCUGUUCCAUCUGGAGUCUAUUCUGGAAAAAUUCUGGUAUAUCCAGUUGAUGGAAGCCACUGGAUUAAUAUGAAAGUUCUCAUUACAGAAUUAUAUUCAAGAGGCCACAACAUCACAGUCAUUCGUGGUUCAGACAAUAUGUAUAUUAAAGAGUCACCCUACUACAGUUACAUCACUGUUGAUAUGGGUGAAUAUAAUAGUAACUUUCUGAACAGUUUUGUGGCUAUUUCACUACAAACGCUUGACAACAAAAGAUCUUCUUGGAACAAAAUCAUGUUUGGAGUGGAGGUUCUGAAAAAGUUCUCUAAGGUUCAUGAGCUGGUUUGUAACAUGACCAUCAAGAUAUUUGAAAAUGAGACCUUGAUGAACUCUUUGCAGCAGGCUAACUAUGAUAUGCUUUUAGCUGACCCUGCUAUGGGAGGCGGUGUGCUACUUGCACACAAACUUGGCCUCCCUCUUGUGCUUAAUGUUCGUUGGACUGUUCUUGGAGAGGGUCAUUUUGCUAUUGCUCCAUCACCUCUGUCUUAUGUGCCUGUUCCUGGUGCAGAGCUAACAGACAAAAUGACUUUUACUCAGCGAGUGACAAAUGUGUUGAUUUAUUUCCUGACUAACUAUCAACAGUCAAACUAUUUUGGCCAUCAUUACAAGGAGUUUUGUCAGAAAUACUUUGGACCUGAUGUGGAUUACUUUUCCCUGUUUCAGAAUGCAGAUAUCUGGCUCAUGAGAAAUGAUUUUACCUUUGAAUUUCCACGACCCACAAUGCCAAACGUAGUAUAUAUGGGUGGUUUUCAGUGCAAGCCCUCAAGUCCACUUCCUGAUGAUCUAGAAAAGUUUGUCCAGAGUUCAGGUGAACAUGGGGUCAUCAUAAUGUCUUUGGGAACUCUUUUCGGGGAACUUAUAGGUGACAUUACAGAUGAGAUUGCAGCUGCCUUUGCCCAACUGCCUCAGAAGGUCAUUUGGAGACACACUGGACCUCGACCCUCUACUCUUGGCAACAAUACAUUACUAGUGAACUGGAUGCCACAAAAUGACCUACUUGGACACACCAAGACUAAGGUCUUUGUAGCACAUGGAGGAACCAACGGUAUUCAGGAGGCUAUUUAUCAUGGGGUUCCCAUUUUAGGUUUACCUAUAGCAUUUGAUCAGCCUGAUAACCUGUCAAGGAUGAGAGAAAAGGGAACAGCUAAGGUUUUGGAUAUUACUAAUUUGGACAGAUCAGUAUUUUUAGAGGCAAUAAAGGAAGUGCUGUAUAAUCCAUCUUACAGAGAGAACAUGCAAAAAUUGUCUCAGCUGCAUCAUGACCAGCCCAUGAAACCCCUUGAUCGUGCAGUCUUCUGGAUUGAAUACGUUAUAAGAAAUAGAGGUGCUCCUCACCUGCGCACACAGUCUUUCAGGAUGUCUUGGAUUACCUAUCAUUCUGUGGAUGUUAUCCUUACAUUGUUGGGGGUUGUGAUGAUUAGUGGCUGGAUAAUGUUUUUGGCACUGAGAUGUCUUUGUGUUACAUUAAUCUUCAAAAAGAAAAACAAAUGUGAAUGAUAUGUUUGUUUAAAUUAUUAUGUACCAAUGUAUAAGUUAAAAUUAGUAUGAAAUAUCUACUAAGUUUUCAACACUUGUAUUAAAUUGAUUAUCAAGCAAAUUGGUUAAAGUUUACACAUAGUUGGAAUUGCUGUAUUUGCUAUAGAACUGACUUCAUUUUAUUAAUGUAGGAGUGAAUUUUGCUCAAAGUUUCAAAAUUAUAUAUUCUAUGCUAUCUUUUAUUCAAUUUACAGAGGAACCACAUAUGGACAUAGAGGGAUCCAUGUUGACAUCAACAAAACCCCACACAGUCUGUAUUUUGAACUGUGUUUUAAACAGGAGACAAUAGAGCUAUAAGGUGGCAAUAUAUUACCUUCUGCAUAAUUAGUUUACUCCAUAAAUGAAUAUAAAUUUUACCAUUAUAUACCUAAUUAAUUGUAUCACAACAUAACUGUGGCAACUCGAAAGAAAAACAAAGCAGCAUGUUUAAUGCAUGUAAAAUUCUUCAUUAAGUGUGCCACUUGUUAACGUGCUAAUUCAGCAUUUAUUAAGUCUCAUUUUAGUGUAUAAUUAUGUUCAUGGAACAAAUUCUUUGAUUUAUACUUUUCGACUAUAAGCAGAUUAAUUGAUUAAUUUCUCCUUGUGUACUUUGAUCUAUGGGUAAUGUUGAGAAUGUCUUUACCCCCUCUAGUGGAUAAGAACACAUAAUGAAUUAAAUAACCGAUCAAAAUAAAUGUGUUUCCCUUCAUUUACGGUGUUUUACAUAAGUUUCAAAAAAAUAAAAACAGUGUAUGAAUACUUGUGUGCAAAGAUCCUCAGCGAAGUUCUCUUGUACAAUAAUUCCCUUACCAGAAAUAUAACUAUAAAUAUAACAACUACGUUAAUCAGUUUUUAAACAACCUGCAAAUCUAUAAAAUGCACGAAUGCACUUAAAAACUUCAUGUAUUUACCUAAUGCAAUUU